ACGAGUUACUAGAUCUCACAACCAGCAAACGAGCCACAGACCAGCUCAAGUCUCUAUCAUCGAGCACCAAAAACAAGCCCACCCGCGCCAUCUCUUCCCAGUUCCCAAUCGCGUCAGGCAGAGUGUCAGCAUGGUUUCAUCGGCUGAGUUCAGGCGCGUGUUCGCGGCGUUCGACCAGGACGGCGACGGCAAGAUCUCCGAGGCCGAGCUGCGGCUCUGCAUGAAGGCGGCGCUCGGCGGCGACAUGUCGGCAGAGGAGGUGCAAGCUUUGAUGGCGACCGCGGACACCGAUGGCGACGGGUUUCUGGACGAAGAGGAGUUUGUGAGGCUGGUGGAAGAGACGGCGACCGGUACUCAAGACGAAGAGGGGGACAGGUGCAGGGAGGUGUUCGGGAUGUACGUGAUGGAAGGGAGAGGCUGCAUCACGCCGCUGAGCCUGAAGCUGAUGAUGAGCAGGCUGGGCUUGCACCUGGACGUCGACGAGUGCCAGGCCAUGAUCCGAAGGUUCGACAUGAACGGAGACGGGGUACUCACCUUCGACGAGUUCAAGACCAUGAUGAUGAUGGGAUGAUGAGGUUACGCCGGCUGAUGCUGCUCUCAUGCCGAAGCUAUCCAUCGCUGUGCAUUUGCUUGAACAACUCGAUCACAACUCACACGCACAAAAAUGUUGGGACUCCCUUCUUCAUAUUACUUCUUUGUAUAACUCCUCGGGUCUAGUAUAAUAAAUUCGACCAUUUGCAA